AUGUUCCCUGAAACAUUCGUGCCGUCUGUCUUCUCGCAUCGCCACCGACUCCUUCAUCUCUCACUCUUCUUCUUCAUUGUUCCGUACUGGUACAGCCACUACAAUGAACAACAUCGUCUCUCCUCGUACUCCGUGGAAUCUGCCGUAUUCCUCUCGUGGGAGCGAGCCAUUGUGAAGCCGGGCGCGAUGUUCAAAAAGGCGGUUAUCGGGUAGGCUGAGGCACCGAACUCUCUCAAGUAUAUUCCAUCUUUUGUAGAUUCAACUGCAACGUGGAUUUGAUUGUAAGCGGUGUGCGAGUCGUUGAUGCGCUGAACACGACGUGUUCCGAAGGCAAGGAUCAGGAGACUCUGGAGAAUCUCAAAGAUCUCCAUCAGACGUUUGUGCACUUCUUCCAACGUGGUGCAGCUGCCGAACGGUACAUGUCAUCCGAAGAUCAAUUCAAUCGUCUCGUCUCGGAAGCCGAAAACACUCGAUCCCACCAUCACAUCGGAGGAAACGCUGCUCUAAUGGCCGAUCGAAUCGCCGCCAACUUUCCGAGCACGGAAGUCUAUCUGGUCGGACCCAUUGGUCCACGCAGUCAAGCACUCCUUCAUCCCAGUGUCAAAAGAACCAACUCAACGCGAAUUGUGAAAGACGAGCUUCACGUGAUCCUCGAGUACAAACAGGGAGAGAUCUUGGGCGAUUGGGUGGCUCCCAGUAGCAGUCGGUUCAUCACCAGUCACGAUCAUUUCUCCGGCUCCAUGGUCGUCAUGGAAAUGUUCUUCAAGGCGAUCGCUCAAUUCCGCCCGGACCUCGUAAUCAUCACGGGAGUGCAUCUUUUGGAGUUCCAGAGCAAAGAAAUGCGUCAGGAAAAGAUACGACUGAUCAAGAGAAACCUGUUGCAAGUGAAUCCGAAAGUUCCGAUCCAUUUGGAGCUGGGAUCUUUGGGAGAUGAGCUCUUCUCGACAGACGUCAUCAACAAAGUGCUGCCUUACGUGGAUUCUCUGGGGAUCAACGAGCAGGAGCUCACCUUCCUCUCCCAUAUCGCCAAUGGUCCGCACAUGGAGGAGUAUCCAGUUCAGGCGGGAACAGUCCAUGUGUACAAGGUUGUCGAGAUGCUUCACUGGCUGCUGAAGACGUACGGAAGAGAUCCAACUGGACAGGCGUCCUCGAAAACGGGCUACCGUCUCUCUCGCAUUCAUUUCCACUGUCUUACCUAUCAUAUCAUGGUCUCUGCCGGAACAGACUGGUCCAACCUGGCUUCUGCUUUGGCCGCUGGAGCCCGAAUCGCCGGAAGACUUUCAUGUAACAUUGGAGCCAAUAACAUCGACUCGGAGCUUUUGGAAAUUAGAACACCGGCAAAGUUCUUGUUGGAUAAGAAGAUUGAGAAGAAUUAUCAGUUUGAAGCGCACAAGUAAGAAGACUUCUUCAAUUCACAAGAAAAAUUAUCCAUUUACAGCCCGAUUGCCUCGUGGAUGCGCGACGACGUUCUAUUUGUGUUUACCCCCGUGCUCGUCUGUCGUCUGCCCUCCAAAACAGUCGGAAUUGACGACGCCAUCUCUGCCACCGGAUUACUGUAUUCUCAAUUUUUCCGUCUUGGGAGACCAACUCACUGGUAA